UAACGCGUGUGGUAUUCUUAAUAAUCACGAAUUGUUGAAUUUCUUAAUUAAAAUUUAAUUAUGACAGCGGUUAGUGAAUUUUAACUUUUCUUACUCUUUAAUUUUUUCAGUGAUUUCCAUAAAAUAUCAAGUAUAUAUCCACAAAUUCAUGAUCAAAAGGACGUACUCGGAUCUGGCUCGAUUUACUGUAUAAAAAUUGAAUAUGAAAAAGAAGAGCGGUAGUAAAUCGAAGGAUCGUGACAAAACCAAAAACGACGAGUCUAAAAGUCAUAAACAUUCUCGCAGAAGACGAAAAUCAUCGUCUUCCGAAUCGGAUGUCGAAUCAGAUGUUAAACCCGAACUUUCCGACGAUAGCAAGCCUAAAAGAGGUAGCGGUGCUAAGAAAGAAACAGAAAAUAACGUCGCUAUGCAACGUAUAACGAGGCAUUCGAAACGAUUAGCUGCGAUUAGCGCCGGUUCCGAUGAAAUCAAAGAAGAACUUAAUGAAAUCGCGUCGCCAGUUAAAACAGGAAAAUCUUCUCCUUUUUCUGGUAGUGAAUGUAGAGGCAGUCCGAGCAAAGAAAAGAAACGAGACGGUAGUACGCCGGAUAAACAUAAGACAAAAGAUUCUGAAGUUUGGAAAGUUAAAAGCGCAAAUGGUGCUGGCACCGGAGAAUUGCAAAAGUUGAAAAUUUGCCGUCAACGAUCACCCGAACCUUCCACAGAUAUCGUGGACGAUGAAAAUAGUGUGGAAGCCAGCGACGCCGAAGCUGAACCGGUCGAGACGAAUAAUGUGUAUGAAAACAAAACUUCCAACGAACAAGCGGCCUUCCCCGUAAACGACGAAGACAUCGCUAAUAUCCAGUUGCCCUCGGAUGAUUUACAAACAUCCGCUGCAAUAGCUGAUAUCGAGUUGCCCUCCGACGAUGUACAAUCAUCCGACGCAAUAGCUGAAAUUCAAUUGCCUGCUGAUUCGCCUACUAGCGUCGCAGUAGCUGAAAUUCAAUUACCUGCUGAUUCGCCUACUAGCGUCGCAGUAGCUGAAAUUCAAUUACCUGCUGAUUCGCCUACUAGCGUCGCAGUAGCUGAUAUUCAAUUACCUUCUAGCGACGUACAAUCUCGUACUGCAAUAGCCAAUAUUCAAUUACCCUCUGACGAUGUAGAACUUCCCGCUGCUGUAUCUAGUAUUCAGUUGCCGUCUGAUGAUAUUCAAGCUCCGAUGGUAAUAUCUGAUAUUCAGUUGCCCGCUGACGAUGUUCAAAUGCCUUCGGUAGUCGAAGCUAUUCCUGUACCGCCGGAAACUACUGCAUUGAGCGAGAACACCGUUAGUGAAGAAAGUUCUGCUGAUCAAGCAGAAUCUAAUAUUAUUCCGGACGAAGACAUUAGUCAGAUUUCUUUACCCGCCGAUGAACCUAAGCAGCCCGUACAGUGCGUUGAAGAAAGCGUUUCGGUUCAACCUGAACAACCGGUUGAACAAGUUAAAGAUGCGGAAAGUGAGCAAGAAAGUUCAGUUGAUGCAAUACAAACCGAGGAACCUGUGACUGAAGUAUCUGAAAUUCCUGAACCUCAAGAAGCUCCGAAGGUAGAAGAACCCCCACCAUCACAACCAGAGGAACCAGUCACUACCGAGGUAAGUCAACCAUCUCCGUCACCAGCUGCCGAAGAGGAGACUGUGCCGCCCGAAAGUGUAUCGAUACCUGAAGAAACGUCACAGAGUUCACCCAUCGCACCUGCUCAGACUAGUGUUCCUAUACAAGAAUCAGAAAAACCGCAUAGUUCGCCUAGAGUUUCAGAGCCUGAAGAUGGUAUGCAAACUGAGCUCGUAUUAACGGUCGAAGAACCGUUAGAAGAGGCUAACGAACUAGUCGAACCCGAAACUAAACCUGUCGAGGCUGCUGUUAAAACAUCGGCGUCAGAGAAAGACUCUGAUAGUAGAUUGAAUAAAUCCAUCGAGGAAAUGGAGGAAGUGUACGAUUACGAGCAUGACGACACGAAGGAGGAAGGAGAAUUAUCAGCCAACGAAUCCAUCUCGCCGAUCCACGAAGUGUUCAACAGGAAGCCACCCGGUGAAAGAACAAGAGCAUGGGGAUGCUGCAACGUGUUCCAUUUUAGUCGUGCAAACUCCUCGGCCAAUGAACAUACCUUGAAGGAAUUGAAUAUUAAAAAACGAGUCGUAAGUAAAGACGAAUUUGAUACAUCGGAUCCGGAAGAUUUAAUAUUUGUUAAAGAAAUUCGAGAAGAAAAUAUAGUUCAUGAAAUUGAAUCGGAGAAUAAUAAUACGUAUGUUGAUAAAGAUGAAGACGACGUUGUUCCAUUAUCUCCCAAAUACGACAGCGAUAAAGAAAAAAGCAAGAAACGACUUUCUGAUUCUGAUCGUCGUAAAUCGUAUUCUAGAGAUCAACUUAAUGAAGAGAAAAGCAGCGGAAGUAGACGAACUGUUUUAAGAGACAAAUCUCAAAGUUCAGAUGGCCGAUCAGUUCUGUACAUAACAAAUUUGGUUCGACCUUUCACCGUAACUCAACUACGCGAAUUGUUACUUCGGACCGGUAAAAUAGUAGAAGAUGGUUUUUGGAUUGAUUCUAUUAAAUCGAAAUGUUACGUUCAGUUUGAAACUGAAGAUGAAGCGUUAGAAACGCGUCACGCAUUGCACGGUAUAAGAUGGCCGGUUAAUAAUCCAAAGGUGUUGAACGUGCAGUUCGCGUCGCAAGAUGAUCUAUUGAACGCUCAAGCUCAGACGCACGAAUCCGAAAUACCUCGUAAGACGGAACCUUUGAUUGUGGAAAAUCACGUCGAAAGACGCGGUAUUGAUUGGAAGAAACAUUUUGAACAAUAUGACGACAGACCUGUUAGAAAGGUUAAAGAUGUUCGCGAAUGGGAUAUUGGAAAGCCGGCUCAUCCGGAUGAAAUGGUAUACGCGGAACCUGAAGACAACAGACGGACCAAAGAGAACUUAGAUAAGGACAGGAAGCCUCUUCGUACGACGAGAGACAGGCGUAGACGAAACGAAAACUCCGAUGAAGAAUCCAGUUCGAGAAAGCAGAGGAAGACUGCAAACGAGAGCGAACCACCACCCACGGAGGCGAAACUAUUGGACGACCUGUUCAGAAGGACGAAAGCGUCACCCAGCAUUUACUGGUUACCACUUUCAGAGGAACAGAUUGCUGUUAAACAAGAAACCAGAAGGAAAAAUCUAGAGGAUCUUGAUAAACAAUUUAAACAGCGAAAAGACGGCGACGGCGGCGGCGAUCGAGACAGAAGACGAGAUCGCGAUCGCGAUCGUGAUCGUCGUCGUGGCAGUCGUCGCUGAAUCUAGAUCGCGUAACGAACACUCCUUCUAACAACAUAAACGCAAGCUAAACAAAACAACUGAGAGAUUAUAUUACGAGAGUGUGGACCGGCUGACUGACCGACUGAAUGAUCGAUCGAUAGAUUUUACUCCGUCUACCGCACACAAACCGAAUAAGAAAAAAACGUCGCGAACGAAAAAUUGGAAGGAACAAACCGUGUUGAACGCUGUGCGUCGUUGAAUUUCUACGAUACACCAGUGUCCGUCAAUAUGAUAUGGUAAGGUAUGAGUAGGUUCUCUUGUUCCUAUUUCAUACUCCAUUUUGUUUGUUCUGUCCGGUUUUUUGUGUUUUUUAUUUCAUUUUUUCUCCCCCACACCUAUCUCAGCUCCUCCGAGUCCACUCCUCAUUUCGUUACGUGGUUAGUAUACAUUUUAUUCUAUCCUCUUUUACAUUUCCCAUACCGCUUACGUGAGUUUUUUUCUCUUUCGAUCUUAUAUAAUUUUUUUUCCAAAAAAUCGAAAUUUUAACGACGAAAUUUUUACUGCAAUGUUCGAACGAUUACCUGAUUUUUUAGAAAGUUUGUGUUUUUUCUCUUUUUUCUUUCUCAUUUUUUGUAAUUUAGGUACCGAUUUUACGGAAGGGUUUUUAUUUUUUAAAUACGAGGCACUCGAGUAUUAAAAUAAGACAGAGGCGGUUAAUUGUUCGAACUAUCCUGGUUUUUCUCUCCAUUCCCGUAAUGGUUUCGGGAGGUUGCUUUCGAAAUCAUUCGUCAUCUUUAUGUCCUGUCCAUUUCUCUGUGUACUGUUGUGUUACAGAAUUUGCUUCGGGUACGCAUGUGUUCAGAGACUAUCGGUUCAUUUAAUCGAUGACCGUGUUUUAGAUACUACCAAGUUUAUUUUUCAGGGAUGGGCUUCGCAUUUGUUGUGUGAAUUUACGAAUAUUGUUGUACCCACUACACAUGUCUGUUGUAUAUGAUUCUGUUUUAAAAAUGCGGAACUCGACCUUUUUUUAACGUAUAUUUUGAGAAGAUUAACUGCUGUGAUUAAUGAUGAUGACCGUUUUGUAUAUUCUUGAAUAUCUGCUCGAAAGAUCGCUAGAACUGUAUUAAUUGUACACGUAAACGUGUGUUGAUCGUAAACGUUCGGUUGUAAUGUACAUAUAAAUUGCGCCAGUGUUGAGAUAUCUAGAUGGUGCCGAUCGACGUGAACCAACGCAACGUGUACUGUACCGAUUCCAUCGUUUUACGCCUGGUUCAAGUAUCGCAAUUCGGAUCAGAAUAUUACUGCAUUGGACGAACGCAACAUUACACCAAGAAUAUUACCAAGGACGUUCUACGUAUUUGGGAAUGCGAAUUCAUUUUCGAUGAGGAAAAGCGGGAUACUUACUACGAUGUUUUGACGUGCUCGAUUGAUGUUUUCAUUUCGAGUUUUGAAGUUUAGUCAUAUAAGUAUGGAAAAUAUUUGAUUUGAGAUUUUGUCGUCGUUAAAUGAAUCCGUUUGAGUAUAGAUUUGUAUAAAUAGAAUUUUUAAAUUGCAAUGUUAUGUUUUAUUCCAAAAAAUUUACGUAUUUUCACAUUUAAAUAUAUAAUUUAUUACGAAGA